CAUCUGACUCUCACGAACCGUAAUUCUCUCAAACGAUCAAAGUGUUCCUAAUGGUCAUUCCGGUGUUAAACAAAAUGGACAAAUAGAAGGAUCAAGUUGCUAUAAAGCACAAUAAGUACUUUCGCCUGAAAGAAUUUUGUAAAUUAUCUUAGAAGUCUAAGACUGUGGUAUAAUUACGCAGCAAACGGUCGAAACAAAAGUCCAAACAAAAUUGUUGUAUUCAUGAAGACUUUUUUGCUCUCGAAUACACUCAUCGUCGGAUAUUUUUAGCGUCUCCGAGAAAAAUUACAUAAUUAACUCGAGAUUUUACGUUGGCAAUAAUUGCCUUUAACAUUGAAAUGAACGAGGCCACGAAGUUUUAUUUGCGAUGCAAGGAGCUCCAUAUUAAAAAUAAAAAUUUGAAAACAUCAUACCGUGUUAUAUUCAAGAAAAGUGAGGACAAUUUCCAUCAACCAAACGCCAGCAAUCACGUUUGUGUAAUCCAGUUAUAUCCACAAUGGAGUUACUACUUGCUCCGUCAAUUACAUCUCUCCAAGUCUUUCACAAUUCGCUUUUUCUCUUGGAUUUUGAUUAAGACCUUAAAAAGUGGGAAAGAGAACAAUAAAUAUGAUACACAACUCAUGAUAUUAUGUGAACACUGUCAGAUUUCAAUCACGAAGACCAGUACUCAACGCAGACCUGCGUGGGUCAGUGUACAGUUGGAGUCAACAUGGGAGAUGUUACAUACUUUGGAACCAGAUAUAAGUUGGUCAGUAAGAGUACUCCAACAAACGAAGGAACAAUUACAACUGGAAGCAGCAUUUGCUUGGUUGUCAACUCUUGGUGGAGCUCAUUCUGCACUUGGCAACUAUUUUCAUAAAAAUGCUAAGGUUGCAUGUGAACUAUCAAUGAAACAGUUAUAUAUCGCAACAAAGAUUGGGAGUCCUAUACUGGCAACACAUUGUAAACUUUACUUUGCUAUGAGUUUAAUGCAGCAAGGACAGUAUAAAAGGGCAUCGAAGAUUAUCAGUUCAGUUUGGAGAAACAUAAUGAAUGAUAAAGGACUACAAGAAAAAAAGCUCAUCAACUGCUACAAGGCAUCCAAAGUGAGAUUAAAACAUUUACAAAUUAACAAACACAGAAUAAGACAUGGAGAUUAUGGAAAAGAUUGACGUAGAUGUACUUAAUAAAGUGGAGAGAGACAAAAAAUGAAACAGUCCCUAACAUGAGGAAGAAUAUAUAACAAAUGAGGAUUGUCCAACCUAGAAAUUGUGUUGUCUGAACAGCACCUGACAUGCUUGAACGUUUCAUGAAAUAAAACAUGGAAUAAAAGAACACAAAUAGGCCAGUUGACCUGGAAAAAAAGCAAAAAAUAUUAUUAAUGGAGAAGUACUUACUUCAGUAUGUUUUGCAAAAUUUGAAUGACUGAAAUUUUUAUUGUGCUCUUAUUGAAAUAAAGAAAUGUAUAAUUAGUCAACACAAACAUUGAUCUUUCCAAACCUA